GCUGCAGUUGCGGGGCCGGCCGCCGAGGGCGCCGCUGGCGGCUGCGGAUAAGCGGCCGGUGCUCCGCGUCUCUUCAGAUGGCAAGCUGGAGCUGCAGCAGCCGGCCGGGAUGACCCAUCGCUCCGAGGGGUCUCACCGCACAUAAAAAAUGCAGCGUCUCGUCGCACUCGCGCUUCUCUUGUUGCUCAAAGGCCAUCCCUCCACAGGCCUGCCCGAUGUUAUCAGAAUAGGAGGGCUGUUCCACCCGGCGGACGACCGGCAGGAGGUGGCAUUCAAGUACGCCGUCGACAGGAUCAACGCCGACCGCACCAUUCUACCGCGCUCCAAAGUAACGGCGCAAAUUGAGCGGAUAUCGCCGCAAGACAGCUUCCAUGCCUCCAAAAGAGUGUGCCACCUGUUAAAAACGGGCGUUGCGGCCAUUUUCGGGCCGCAGUCGCCACAAACCGCCAGCCACGUGCAGAGCAUCUGCGAUACGAUGGAAAUCCCACACUUGGAAACCCGCUGGGACUUCAGAUUGCGCCGCGAAAGCUGCCUCGUUAAUCUCUACCCGCACCCGAGGGCCAUCUCUAAGGCGUACGUCGACUUGGUAAAGGCCUGGGGAUGGAAGUCCUUCACCAUCAUCUACGAGACCAACGAGGGCCUGGUGCGGCUGCAGGAGCUGCUCAAGGCGCACGGGCCGUCCGAGUUCCCCAUCGCGGUGCGCCAGCUCGGCGAGGGACCAGACUACAGGCCGCUGCUGAAGCAAAUCAAGAAUUCAGCCGAGUCUCACGUCGUGCUCGACUGCUCCACGGAGAAGAUCUACGACGUCCUCAAGCAGGCGCAGCAAAUCGGCAUGAUGAGCGACUAUCACAGCUACCUCAUCACUUCACUGGAUCUUCACACAGUGGACCUGGAGGAGUUCAAGUACGGCGGCACCAACAUCACGGCCUUCCGCCUCGUGGACCCUGACCGCGCCGACGUGAUAAAGGUGAUGAGGGAUUGGGCUUACGGCAGCGAGACUCGCUUCGGCCGUAAGCCAGAAGGGGCCCAACUCACGCGGAAGGACAAUUCCACCUUUGUGAAGACGGAGACGGCUCUCAUGUACGACGCGGUGCACUUGUUCGCCAAGGCGCUGCACGACUUGGACUCGUCCCAGCGAAUCGACAUCAAACCCUUGAAUUGCGACUCGGCAGAUACUUGGCCGCAUGGAUACAGUCUGAUCAACUACAUGAAAGUGGUGGAGAUGCGGGGCUUGACGGGCGUGAUCAAGUUCGACAACCAAGGCUUCCGCUCCAGCUUCGUGCUGGACAUCGUCGAGUUGGGUAGGGAAGGUCUCAAGGCCAUCGGCACCUGGAAUUCGACUCAGGGCGUCAACUUCACAAGAACCUUCGGCGAAACCUACACGCAGAUCGUGGAGUCGCUGCACAACAAAACCCUGGUGGUCACCCUGAUUUUGAGCUCACCCUACUGCAUGAGGAAGGACUCUAGCGAGCAGUUGUCGGGCAACGACCAGUUUGAAGGUUACGCCAUCGACCUCAUCGAGGAGAUUUCCAAGAUUCUUGGCUUCAACUACACGUUCAAGCUGGUGCCUGACGGCAGGUAUGGCUCGCUGAACAGGGAAACCAAGGAGUGGGACGGAAUGGUGCGCGAGCUGCUCGAGCAGAGGGCCGACCUGGCCAUCGCGGACCUUACCAUCACCUACGACCGCGAGCAGGCGGUUGACUUCACCAUGCCCUUCAUGAACUUGGGAAUCAGCAUUCUGUACAGGAAGCCGAUAAAACAGCCGCCAAACCUGUUUUCCUUCCUGUCCCCCCUGUCCCUAGACGUGUGGAUCUACAUGGCCACGGCCUACCUCGGGGUUUCGGUUUUGCUUUUCAUCCUCGCCAGAUUCACACCAUACGAAUGGCAAAAUCCACACCCCUGUAAUCCAUCACCAGACCAUUUAGAAAAUCAAUUCACAUUACUAAAUUGCCUGUGGUUUGCCAUUGGAUCUCUAAUGCAACAGGGCUGCGAUUUCUUGCCUAAGGCCGUGUCGACUCGCAUGGUAGCCGGAAUGUGGUGGUUCUUCACCCUCAUAAUGAUUUCCUCGUACACUGCCAACUUGGCCGCCUUCCUCACUGUCGAGCGAAUGGACUCGCCCAUCGAGUCCGCCGAGGACCUGGCCAAGCAGACCAAAAUCAAGUACGGCGCCCUCAGGGGAGGAUCCACCGCCGCUUUCUUCAGGGACUCGAACUUCUCGACGUACCAGCGCAUGUGGUCAUUCAUGGAGUCGGCCCGGCCGUCGGUUUUCGCCGCCUCCAACACGGAGGGGGUGGAACGAGUGGUGCGCGGCAAGGGCAGCUACGCCUUCCUCAUGGAGUCGACGUCGAUCGAGUACGUGAUCGAGAGAAACUGCGAACUGACGCAGGUCGGCGGCCUGCUCGACUCCAAGGGCUACGGAAUCGCGAUGCCACCCAACUCUCCGUACAGGACGGCGAUCAGCGGCGCGGUGCUGAAGCUGCAGGAGGAGGGCAAGCUGCACAUUUUGAAGACCAGGUGGUGGAAGGAAAAGAGGGGUGGCGGAUCGUGUCGGGACGACACGUCGAAAAGCAGCAGCGCUGCCAACGAGCUGGGCUUGGCCAACGUGGGCGGCGUGUUCGUGGUGCUGCUGGGCGGCAUGGGCGUCGCCUGCGUCAUCGCCGUCGCCGAGUUCGUGUGGAAGUCGCGCAAGGUGGCCGUCGAGGAGCGGCCUUCUUCCCUGUGUGCUGAGAUGGCAUACGAGUUGCGGCAUGCAAUCAAUUGUAGAGGUUCGACACGGCCAGCCCCGCGGAGGCGGCACACCCGCCAGCAGCAGCCCCCCGGGGGCCUGCCACUGGAGGUGGACAUGUCUGGCCAGCACUUCAUUCCCCUCAGCCCCUACUCGCAGCACGGCUAUGUGUCCAGCAACCAAUUCAAGGACCCCUUCAAUUGAAAAACAACAAAAUCGGGAAAUAAAAUACAUAUAAGACUCGCGCGACGAAUUAUUACAAUUCAGCAAAAUUAAAACAGAACAAAAAAUCUCCGCGUAGGAAUGUAGUCGUCACCUAACUAAUCAUUUCGGUGUUCACCUCUGAAUUUAUAAUAUUACUUACUUGUCUUUGUGUAAUGGUCACAAAUGGCCAAAUUCCAAGCAAAUGUUUUGUUUUUAUUUUGAUUCAUUUAUUUUACUCUGCAUGAACAUAUAUAUCGCUGUAUACACGUAAUUAAAAUAGAAAGAAGAUCGAUUUCUAAAAGCAUUUCCAUCCCGCGCUAGAGUUUAGCACGGACAUUUCUGUCUUUUUGGCUUUAUGAUUUAUCAAAGUCUCAUCUCUCAGAACAUCAAAAUUAGAUUUUAGGGCCUAAUAAAGAGUGUACAAUUUUAACCAAAACCGCAAUUAAACGAAACAUGUUUUUAAUGGUAAACAAAAAAGAGUAAUAAUUAUAAAAAAAAAGGGUACGAAUUUGAGUGGAGCGACGAGAGAUUGAGUUUGUCUAUCGAGGAUACUAUAUACAAUUAUUAUUAAUAUGGAAAAUGGUUAUAAAUAUUUAAAUGUCUGUUGUACACACCCCCUAUUGACCAAAGAAAUAAAACAAUUUUUGCAAAUUA